AUGCUCAAAACUCACCAUUCUUCAUACGAUACCUUCGACGAGUAUUUGGAAAAUGCUCUUGUCGCUGUGCGCGACAACGGAGCGGAGGAGAUCGAGAUGGAAGAAGAUGGAGAUGCUAUCAUGACAUCUAUCAUGACACCGGUAGGGCAACAACGGUGGAUAGAUGGUGGCGCUGGCGUUGGCUCGACCCGUCUCCGAAAUCUACCAUCGCCACCUGGUGAGCCGGCCCAACCUCUCCAAACUCGACUCGUAAACCAAAUCUUCCAUCUCCAACAGAUCAGGAGGACGAGGGUGCAGAUGGAGGGGAUGGUAUAUGGUAGAUGUGCGAGACGGGUAGAGUUGGAGGGGAGAAGCGGCGAAAACGAAUGGGUCUAUCAUGUCACCGGUAAAGAGAGGCUUCGCAGCCCUGCACGAAAUCUUGUGAGAACCAGAGAAAAUUAUACCAGUUCUACAGUUGAUCAACAUGAGAGGAGGAUGGAUACUUAG